AUGAAUUGUGAAACUUCACGGUGUGCAACCCUACAGUACUGUCCUGACCCAUACAUCCAGCGGUUUGUAGAAACCCCAGCUCAUUUCUCUUGGAAAGAAAGUUAUUACCGAUCCACUAUGUCCCAGAGCACACAGACAAGUGAAUUCCUCAGUCCAGAGGUCUUCCAACAUAUCUGGGAUUUUCUGGAACAGCCCAUAUGUUCAGUUCAGCCCAUUGACUUGAACUUUGUGGAUGAACCAUCAGAAAAUGGUGCAAGAAACAAGAUUGAGAUUAGCAUGGACUGUAUCCGCAUGCAGGAUUCGGACCUCAGUGACCCCAUGUGGCCACAGUACACGAACCUGGGGCUCCUGAACAGCAUGGACCAGCAGAUUCAGAACGGCUCCUCGUCCACCAGCCCCUACAACACAGACCACGCGCAGAACAGCGUCACGGCGCCAUCGCCCUACGCGCAGCCCAGCUCCACCUUCGACGCCCUCUCUCCGUCCCCCGCCAUCCCCUCCAACACCGACUACCCGGGCCCGCACAGCUUCGACGUGUCCUUCCAGCAGUCCAGCACUGCCAAGUCGGCCACCUGGACGUAUUCCACUGAACUGAAGAAACUGUACUGCCAAAUUGCAAAGACAUGUCCCAUCCAGAUCAAGGUGAUGACCCCACCUCCGCAGGGUGCUGUCAUCCGUGCCAUGCCUGUCUACAAGAAAGCUGAACAUGUCACCGAGGUGGUGAAACGAUGCCCCAACCACGAGCUGAGCCGUGAAUUCAAUGAGGGACAGAUUGCUCCUCCUAGUCAUUUGAUUCGAGUAGAAGGGAACAGCCAUGCCCAGUAUGUAGAAGACCCCAUCACAGGAAGACAGAGUGUGUUGGUACCUUAUGAGCCACCCCAGGUUGGCACUGAAUUCACGACAGUCCUGUACAAUUUCAUGUGUAACAGCAGUUGUGUUGGAGGGAUGAACCGCCGUCCAAUUUUAAUCAUUGUUACUCUGGAAACCAGAGAUGGGCAAGUCCUGGGCCGACGCUGCUUUGAGGCCCGGAUCUGUGCCUGCCCAGGGAGAGACCGGAAGGCGGAUGAAGACAGCAUCAGGAAGCAGCAGGUGACGGACAGCGCAAAGAACGGUGAUGGUACGAAGCGCCCUUUUCGUCAGAACACGCAUGGCAUCCAGAUGACAUCCAUUAAGAAACGGAGGUCCCCAGAUGAUGAGCUGUUAUACUUACCAGUGAGGGGCCGCGAGACCUAUGAAAUGCUGCUGAAGAUCAAGGAGUCCCUGGAGCUCAUGCAGUACCUGCCUCAGCACACGAUCGAGACUUACAGGCAGCAGCAGCAGCAGCAGCACCAGCAUUUACUUCAGAAACAGACCUCGAUGCAGUCUCAGUCUACAUACGGUAACAGCUCCCCACCUCUGAACAAAAUGAACAGCAUGAACAAGCUGCCUUCCGUGAGCCAGCUUAUCAACCCUCAGCAGCGCAAUGCCCUCACCCCCACCACCAUUCCUGACGGCAUGGGAGCCAACAUUCCUAUGAUGGGCACCCACAUGCCAAUGGCUGGAGACAUGAAUGGACUCAGCCCCACCCAGGCCCUCCCUCCCCCACUCUCCAUGCCAUCCACCUCCCACUGUACUCCCCCACCUCCGUACCCCACAGAUUGCAGCCUUGUCAGUUUCUUAGCGAGGUUGGGCUGUUCAUCAUGUCUGGACUAUUUCACGACCCAGGGGCUGACCACCAUCUAUCAGAUUGAGCAUUACUCCAUGGAUGAUUUGGCAAGUCUAAAAAUCCCUGAGCAAUUCCGACAUGCCAUCUGGAAGGGCAUCCUGGACCACCGGCAGCUGCACGACUUCUCCUCCCCUCCUCACCUCCUGCGGACCCCCAGUGGUGCCUCUACAGUCAGCGUGGGCUCCAGCGAGACCCGGGGCGAGCGCGUUAUUGAUGCCGUGCGCUUCACCCUGCGCCAGACCAUCUCCUUCCCGCCCCGCGAUGAGUGGAACGACUUCAACUUUGACAUGGAUGCUCGUCGCAACAAGCAACAGCGCAUCAAAGAAGAGGGAGAGUGAGCACUACUGUGUGAAUGCCUCCCAUCCUCUCCCCAUCUGUCUGCAUCCCUACAAGGCACUAGUGCUUGACCUUCAAAGUGUCCCCUUUAGCUCCUUUCCUUCCUCUUCUCAGUCUGGCUUUUUAAGGGAAGAAGAAGUAAGAGGCUAUCUUUGAUCUAAUGUCCAACCUGGCAUCUGAUUCCGAUUCUGGCUUUAAGCCUUCAAAUCUAUUGCUUGCGGGACUGAAGUUAUCAUGGCUAGGUGGAAGUGAGCAAAAGAGCAGUGGGUGUCUCCUUAAGCUGCAAAGAUUUCUCAUUGACUUUUAUAAAGCAUUUUCACCCUUAUAGUCUAAGACUAUAUAUAUAAAUAUAUAAAUAUACAGUAUAUAUUUUUGGG